UGCUAUUUAUAGAACUCCCAAAACUAUAGAACUCUGUAGGAAAGUAGUUUUACGAUUCUCAUGCUAGAUAUUUGAGCCAGGGCUUCAGUUUGAAAUUACAACUCAGCAAAUGUAGAUAGAUGUCUUUAAUUUAGAUAGUUCCAACAGAUAGUCGAGAUGUCCACUUGACCAUUGGCUUCCUUGUUCCUCUUGUUUUCAAAUUAGCCAUGGGAAUUUCCCAUCUAAUCUUGCAGCCCCUUCUUGCACUUCGAUAGAAGGCUCGUUAGGCGGAAACUUUGAUUAUCUGGCAAUUGAUGUGCGAUAGCGUCUUUGCGGUUUAUAUGAGUAUAUUUGAAAAUAGUCGAGCAUGACAAAAUCACUUCCCCGAAUAAUCAGCACGAAUCGUUUAAGCGGAAUCGCUUGGCCACUGAUAACUGAUAAGGUGCGAAUAACAACGCUAUUCGGGGGCAUUACAGACCAAUUCGAUGCUCCCAACGCGAUGCCAAUCAAGUCGGACGGCCUUCUCCGAAUUACUCAUUGAUAGGACCAGACACAUUUGGCUCAAAUGCGCCUCAAGUGCCCGUGCGAGUCACCUAAUGCCUUAUAAUGCGAUAGAGCGCAGAUCUGAUUGCGUGGACACAAGUGCUGCUCAUAAUUCAGCUGGAACCCAUUAGGCUGUUAUCACUAAGUGUGCGGGUUAUUCAAAACCGUUUAGGCACUCUACUUUCCAACGCGAGUUUCUAUUCUUGGGGUCGCUGAUCCUUAGCCUUCCAAGCGAUCGGAUAUAUGUAAAUCCUUGUAUCUAAACAGUGAAUUGUAUGAAGUGUUUAUGGUUAAUCAAGAUAUAAGAUAUAAACUAGAAUGGUCAUCUUUGUCUGCAUAAAUUAUAACUUUUAGUAAAGCUAGUAAAGUAUCGAAAAGCGCAACAAAUUCGAUUUGAUAGCUUCGAUCUCAAAAUCUAGCCAAUAUCGAAAAUAUCGACAUUGAUAUCGAUUUCGUCUCGAAAUCGAGAAGGUUUCUUCUCAUGAGAAUUGCACGCUUUUUUUUCGUUCUCAAUUAUUCUGGUUGUAACUACUUUAAAAACCUAUGACAUGUAUGUUUAUAUCUUCUGAAAUUGAUUCAAGUAAGUGACAGGCUUGUAGAUUAUGCUCGGAUUAAUCAGCACCAUAAGUUACUAGCCAAAGGAGUCCAUAGAUAAGAAUUGAUUAUCAGCACUGUACGUGUGGGGCGCAUUCUAAAACACUUGGCGUUCCAAAGUUUUGACUAUAGAUUAGUCGUGGAAUGACGGACCGUGAAGGUCCGUGAAGAUACGUUCGAUUAAUCGAAUCACCCUCUCAUACAAAUAUAAGCCUCCAAAGUGGUGGCCAGCCGAUCACAUUCAUUUCGUCGCCAGACAGAGCAACAUGGCUGGGUUGGCGGUAAUCCUGGGACUGGGCCUUCUGGCUUUGGCCAGUGUUAAUGCUGAAAUGACCAACAUAUUUGCCAUGACCAAUGCGAAACUGCUCACCGAGCACUUUGCUGGUGGGGAUCACUAUUCGAGUGUUUUCAACACCAGACGCUUGUCAGUGGAGUUCUUUGAGCACUACUCCAAUGUGACUCUAGAGGAUCUCACGGCGAACUCGAGGCUCCCCUCGCUGCAGGAUCUGGAGUGCCUGGCGGAUCUGGCCCUCCUGUCCAAGGACCUUUCGUCCUCCAAGUUCUGGGCCCUGAAGAUGAUUGACUCCUGGGGCGUGCUGCCUUCGGGAAUGCUGGUGGGCAACUUCUGGAACUUGGGCAACUUCGACGAGUGCAUUGCAAUAGACCACGCUGUGACCAGCAGUCACAGCAUCAAGGGCAAGUACUGCAUUUCCAAGGUUGCACCAGCUCCAACUGCGCUGCCCAUAUUAGCGAUCAAGUCAGCUGUCUGCUUUCCUGCCUCCUGUUCCGCCGCCAACAUGGACACGAUGCUCCGUAGGCUCUUCCAGCAGCUGCUCAGCGUGGAGAUUGAUGCAGAUGUGCAGAUCGUGGCCGAGGAGACGUGCCAGACUGCAGUGAGGAAGCCGUACGAUGGCCUCGCCAUAUUCACCAUAGUGAUCGUAUCGAUUUUGGGUGCUAUAGUGGGUUCCUGCACUAUCUUCGACUAUUUCGUUUGCAAGGAUGCGAAAACCAUCCAUCCUGUGGUGAAAGCCUUCUCGGCACGAGCAAACUCGCGUGCCCUAUUCCGCAUUGUGGACACCAAGGCGAAUCCCAACGUCAUCGAUUGUCUUCACGGGAUCCGCUGCCUGUCCUUCAUCUGGGUGGUCUACGGUCAUGAGUACAUGGUGAUUGCCACGUCGCCCAACAUCAAUAUGGGUUACCUUCUGACGUGGGUCAACUCCUUCUACAGUCUGUUUGUAAAGCACGCGGUCUAUGCUGUGGACUCAUUUUUCUUCCUGAGCGGUCUGUUGCUCGUGGUGAUUGCCCUGCGAUCAUUGGAAAGAACCAAGGGCAAGGUCAAUAUACCCCUGAUGUAUCUGCAUCGGUAUCUGCGACUCACCCCCAUCCUGGCCAUUGCCAUACUCUUCUACGUGAAGAUCCUGCCGCUGUGGGGAAGCGGGCCACUUAAGGGAUCAAUAGGCUUUGAUGACUACUCGGCGUGCGAGAGCACCUGGUACUGGACACUCCUCUAUGUGCAGAACUAUGCGACUGACAGCCUGUGCCUAAGUCAUUCCUGGUACCUGGCGGUGGACAUGCAGCUGUACAUCUUCGCACCCUUCCUCCUGAUCUGCCUGUACAAGUGGGGCAAGAAGGCGGCCGCCGGAAUCUUUGUUCUGAUGCUCCUUCUGGCCGGCUGCCUCUUCAGCAUCAUGGUCAUCAAUAACUUAUCGCUCGGAAGUGGCGGUGAUUCGAUGAGGAGGCUCUACUACGCCACACAGACUCGUGCCUCUCCCUACCUCAUUGGCAUCCUGUUCGGCUACUUCCUUCACAUCAACCGGGGCAAGGAGUUCAAGCUGAAUCCCCUGGCUGUGCUCCUGGGAUGGCUGAUUGCGUUGUCACUGAUAGCCAGCUGCCUGUUUGCGGUCUAUGGCCAGAACACGUUGCCCAUUGUGGAGGAGGCCUUCUACGUAAGCCUAACCAGGAUCGCCUGGCCCCUCGGUCUCUGCUGGGUGGUCUUCGCCUGCAUGCACGGCUACGGAGGACUGGCCAACAGCUUCCUCUCCUCUCCCCUGUGGCAGCCGCUGUCCAGGCUAUCCUACGCCGCCUACAUCUUCCACAUGUUCAUCGAGAGCUUCAACGGUGGCAUCACGCACACUAGUACCUACUUCAGUGACUAUCAAGUGAUGCUUCGAUUCUGGUCGGACUUUGGCUUCACCAUUCUGUUCUCGUACCUCAUGCAUAUCCUGAUCGAAGCGCCCUUCGCCGGUCUGGAAAACCUUUUGCUGCCCGCAAAGAGACCAAAUUCCAAGCCGGCCGCGGUGGUGGAGACCAGGAUGCCGGAGGUGAAGGCAACAGUCGAAGAAUCUCCAGUAGAGGAGCCUGCGCAAGCGACAUCCACGAUACCCGACGAAGCUAUACAGGCUUCUUCCGAAAAGAGCGCCGUGUUAUUAUAAUUACUUUUAAAAUAU